AUGAGCGCCAAGUACAGUAUCCCCGAUCAGCCAGAGCGCUAUGCCAAUGCCAAGAAAGAAAACAAUACCAGAUACCUCGAUAUCACAUCGGUCUAUGACGGGAGUUUUCUCAAGGACAAGCGUGUCGCGGUGACCGGGGCCAAUCGUGGUCUAGGACUCGAGAUUAGCAAGGUUCUAGCCGAAGCAGGAGCCAAGCUGGUGGCCAUUGUGCGCAAAUCGUCGCCCGAAUUGGACGCCCUCAAGCCAGAAGAAAUAGUCUCGGGGAUUGAUGUCAUGAACGAAGAAUGCACCGAAACCAUCAAAGACAAGGUCAAGGGUGGACCGGUGGAUAUUCUGAUCAACAAUGCUGGAUACUUCUAUGAACCAGAAGAGACAAUUGAGACUAUCAACUUUAAAGAGCAGCUCAAGCAAAUUGAUAUUUGUGCUGUGGGACCCCUACGUGUGGCAGCCGCCUUUCUUCAUGCCGAUUUGCUUCAGAAAGGUUCCAAAAUUGUAAUGAUUACUUCUCAGGGUGGAUCCAUUGAGUGGAGAUUCGUUCAGAACCCAAAGGGUCACGACUAUGGUCAUCACAUGUCCAAAGCUGCCGCCAACAUGGCAUCGGUACUGUUGGCCCAGGAACUCAAGGAAAAAGAGAUUGCAGUGGGCAUUCUACACCCAGGAUUCAACAAAACGGAAAUGACGGCCAAGUACAAGGAGAUUUGGGAAGUCGAGGGUGCAGUAGAUCCAGAAUGUGGAGCCAAGCGUGUCUUGUACGAAACGGGCAAACUCAGUAUGGAAACCACUGGAAAGUUUAUCAAUUGCGAAGAUGGGUUGGAGAUUCCUUUCUAA